AUGAUCCCACAACAACACCUUGCUUCAACCCUGUCCUCCUAUAACGGGACAUCAUCAUCGGGCUUUGCUACUCCCAUGAUGACCAUGACGCAAAGAAUUCAAAAUGGAAGAGGACAUAUGCCCUCCGGAAGGAAUACAAGUAAUGGGGGUGCUGGUGGUGGUGUGGGUAAUACAUCAUCAUCAUCAUCGGUAUCAUCAUCCUCGUAUCAUCAACAUCAUGAUCACUUUGCAAGAGAAGUCUUACAACGUGUCAUUGCUGAUGCAUGUAGAUAUCAUGGCUUUCACGCCAUCAAGAGUAGUGCUAGUGAUUUUUUGAUUGAUCUUUUGCAAAGCUUGAUUCAAAAUAUUGCUGUUACAAGUGUUGAAUACAGUACCCAUUGCGGAAGAACGGAAGUGAAUGUUUUUGAUGUAGAGAGGGCUCUUAAGCACCGUAUGAAUAUCGGAGUGAAUGAUUUACUUUCUUUUAUGAAUGUUUUACAGGAUAAAUCGCAAGAUGAUACAGUUGAUUUGGCUACCUUUGAAUUUGAUAUUCCUGACAUUCCAAAACCCACAUCAUCAAGUCUCAUGUCAUGCCCACAAACACAUUUUCAUUUACUCUAUAAAAACAAAGGCAAGACAAUCAUGUUUGACGAGGAAGAGGAAGAAGAACACGAAAGACAAAUUCAACUUAUUGAGCAACAAAAACCCAAAUUUUUACCAUCACUUCCUCCAAAACAUACAUUUAGAUUUACACCAAUUAUGAAUAAGAGAACAAGAGACCAAUAUAAAAUACAACUUGAAAAAACAAGACAAAGAAGACAUAUCGAAGAGUCACUCACUCGUUUGCACGAAGCUGAGCUUAUUCAAAUGCAUGAUUAUCUCGAACAACAACAAAAAGAACUUCAAAAUAUUAUUGACCAUACUCUUAUUCCUCACGACCAAACUGCACUGAUAAAAACUAAGAAGAAGACCAUCGUGCAGAAAAACGAUGUUUUAUUGCAUCUGGACAAGAAACCAGCUGCACUACUCAGUGGACAAAGAAGAAAGAAGCCAGAAGACGAACAAGCCAUGCCAAAUCAAGGCGAAGAAGAGGAAGGAGAGUUGGAGGAUAUCACACAAGACGAAACUGCAACCACGGUCGUCAAUCCGUAUUUACAAAUUGAAAAACAAAGAGUAUCUUUGGCUGUACAAAGAAACGUGACUCAAAGUACAACAAAUCCGGUCAAUGUGAGCCGACUCACCACCAUUUUGUCAACACCAAAAAAGAGUCACACCACCAAAAAACCAUUUAUUUCCAUAAUUACUAGAGAUGACAGUGCUGAAGUACUUGCAACAAAAUCAUUGAAAAGUGGUGCCAUUGCAAAUCAACUUGCAUCAAAUGAUGACGAUUUAGAUAUUAGCUCAGAAGUAAUCCCAACUAAACAAAAGAAAUCUCUUGGAGUCAUUGAGCCAUCUUCCAUCAGAAUAAGUACUUCAAGCAAUGACAGUUCUCUCAUGCCUCCUCCUUCAAAUCCAAUUUCUCAAUUUGCUCCUUCACAAUCAUUGAAUCUUUCAUCAUCAGCAAACAAUCCAGUAUCCUCCGCCGCAACAACAGGAAAUAGUUUUCCUCUGUCAUCCUCCUCAUCAUCGUUUGGUACCAUUGAGCCAAUCUCACAGCCACUACCACCUACUAGUACUUCUGCACCAAUGUCUGGCAUGGCAAAUUCAAGCUUUUCCUUAAGUGGAUCUACGAACAAUGUUACAAGUAGUGUAGGCGGAGAUGACGACGAAUUUGAAGAAGUUGAGGCAGGUGAGGAACCCACUUCAAAAAAGUUCAAACUUUAA